ACAGUAGCGACGUUUUUACCGUUGCACCACUGAUGUAACUUUCAUUUCCUCCUCGUUAAGGGUCAUACACAUGAGAACAGAUUUUGUAAAGAGUCAAAUUUACGAAGCCGAAACUAAAUACAAUCACUCCAAUUCAUUUGAAUGAUGCUACGGGCGCUGUGUCGGACCGGCGGGGCCCUUCUGCAGCAGACCCAGCGUGCGGCGCCGAGGCUGUGGGUCACCCCGGCCCAGCAGCGAUGGGCGUCCAGCCUCCCCAUGAACACCGUGGUCCUGUUUGUGCCGCAGCAGGAGUCCUGGGUGGUGGAGAGGAUGGGUCGCUUCCACCGAAUCCUAGAGCCGGGUUUAAAUUUCCUCAUACCUGUACUGGACCGAAUUGGCUAUGUGCAAAAUCUCAAAGAGAUGGUCAUCGAUGUCCCGGAGCAGUCUGCAGUAUCGCUAGAUAAUGUAACGUUACAGAUUGAUGGAGUGCUUUACCUAAGGAUCCUAGACCCUUACAAGGCCAGUUACGGUGUGGAGGAUCCUCAGUAUGCCGUCACACAGCUGGCACAGACCACCAUGAGGUCAGAACUGGGCAAACUCACACUGGACAAAGUGUUCAGGGAAAGGGAGUCCCUCAAUUCCAACAUUGUCCAGUCCAUCAACCAAGCCUCAGACGAGUGGGGGAUCCGUUGCCUGCGUUAUGAAAUCAAAGAUAUUUAUGUUCCCCCUCGGGUAAAAGAGUCCAUGCAGAUGCAGGUGGAGGCUGAGCGUAAGAAGAGAGCCACAGUGCUGGAGUCUGAAGGGACGAGGGAGGCGGCCAUUAACAUCGCAGAGGGUCAUAAACAAGCCCAGAUCCUGGCCUCCGAGGGAGAGAAAGCAGAGCAGAUCAAUAAUGCGUCUGGAGAGGCUCAAGCAGUGUUGGCCAAAGCAGAGGCUAAGUCUAAGGCUAUCCGUAUGCUGUCAGACGCUCUGACCGAGCAGAAUGGAAACGCGGCGGCCUCCCUUAGCGUGGCUGAGCAGUACGUGUCAGCUUUCUCCAAACUCGCCAAAGAGACCAACACCAUCCUCCUGCCCUCCAGCACCGGGGACAUCAGCAGCAUGGUCACACAGGCUAUGACCAUUUACAGCUCAUUGGCAAAGACGAGCACACAUGUAGUGGAGGAGAAGAAGAGUGAUGAUGAUGAUGGGAACAAACCACAUCAAUAGCAGGACUCAGCGGACACAGAAUGAACUCUACUGACACAGAACCACAAGCAGCUACAGUUAUGUUUUCAGUUAUUGGGACUCCAGGGCAUCGCCGUGAGAAAAGCUUCACACAGCUUCAACUGACAGGACAGAAGGAAAACUGACAACUUUAAACACUUCAGGAAUGUUUUGCCUUGGGGAAAAUCAUGUCCUGUCUCAGAGGAUUUCUAAUCUUCACUGACUAUUCUUUACGUUUCGUUAUUGUCUGAUUGGGAAAUUAACACAUUUUUAGCCAAAUAUUCUCACAACAGUGACUUUGGCUGGCUGGCGAGAGGGAGAAAUAGAUGUCAGGUUUUUGAGAUUCACCAGCUUCUGGGUGCAAAAUACGGUCGUGCAGUAAUGAUUUAACAUCAUACGUUAAUUAUUUGUACUUACAUGACCUCAAUUGGACUUAAGGUUUCAAAAUAUAAUUAAAACACACAAUCUUGUUAAAUGUAUUUGACUUUUGAUACUGAUAUUGAGGGCUGUCUUACAUAAGCUUUCAGGUUUGUAAUAAUGUCUUCAGCCUUAUUGGGGCCAGCAGCUUUGAGUUACAUGUGAUGUCUGACUGUUUGCUUCAUAAUGCUGAUAAGUUUUACAAAAUUAAGUUGAUUCACAAAAAGCAUCACCCUAAAAGCAACCCUUAUCCAGUAUCUACUUAUAUUAUUUAACAAUACCCAUCCAUCCAUCCAUCUUCUCCCGCUUAUCCGUGGUCGGGUCGCGGGGGUAGCAGUUCCAGCAGAGAGCCCCAAACUUUUAUUUAACAAUACCUUAUUAGUUAAUUGUAAAUACACAGCCGGCCCUAUAGGAACAAAUGUCCAAUAAUUGUCUUCUUUUUUUUUAUUCACCUCAUAUGUCAUGAGGUUCAUGAAGUACAAGAAACAAAGAUUUGUGAAGUGGAAUUAGACUAAGUAGGCUACGUUUGAAAAUAUACACGUUAGAAGAAUACUGCAUAGACGAUCCUAAAGAAAAACUUGGACUUCUUCAGAUGUUUGGGAACCCUUGACUGUAAAUGAAUGAAAUCUUACAUUAUAAUUUGAAAAAAUAUGUUAAAGUUGCCCUCCAUGUUAUGGGUUACUUUUUUGGUUCGCCAAUGUACAAUUACCAUGACAAUACAAUGUAAAAAAGUUGUUUAAUUUGGUCUGAGUGUCAAUAAAUCAAUGUAUAAAUGCU